AUGAUGUACGCCUCGGGAACUGACUCCACUUUUGCCAACACUGAUGGGACGCCGGCCGAUUUCAGCGAUUGGCCGCCCGGCGAGCCGUCAGACUCGGCAGCCUUUGCGACAUCGGUCAACUCGCGCGAUUCCGCCGAUGUCUUUGUCGAGCGCGAUCCAGGCACGAAGCUCGCGUACGUUUGUAGCGGGCCAAUGUGUGACCCUUCAUGCUGGACGUGCGGGGCAAACAGCAGUGAUUGCACCGAAUGCAUGAUCGGGCGAGUGGGCCCACCAGCGUGCACCGUCGACACCAGCUUUUGCCCCGCGCUCGCGUCGCCGACCUCGGGAUCGAUCUCGUGCACCAACAGCGGUGCCAUUGGAUCGGUAUGCACCCUCAGCUGCGACGCUGGAUACGAGUUCCAGGGCUCGCCUACGCGGACGUGCAUGGCGCACCCGCGAUGGGACGGCGGGACGCCGUACUGGUCCGGCGUCGAGGCCGCGUGCCUCUCUCCGAUCGACGUGUCGGACGACCGCAUCAACAUCUACACCAACCUCUUUGGCGGCCGCGUCUACAGUCACGUUCACACCUCGCGCACAUGGUCGGAUGCCCAGGCAAACUGCGAGGGCGAGGGCCUCCGUCUCGUCUCGCUCGAGAGCUACGACGAGGCUGUCUUUGUCUCGCAGCUGCUCGAUGGCGAUUGCUGGGUGGGCAUGACCAAGGAUCCGGCGUACGACGCCACCCUUCUCUACGACCACGAGGAUGAGUUCCGGUUCUUCUGGCUCGGCAACGUCACGUCACAGGUUCUCCGGCACACCAAGGUUCUCAACGAGCCGUUUGUCACGCUCGACGAUACCACCGGCGAGUACAACGAUCUUGAGCUCGAGGACGAAUCGGGCGGAACGCGGUUUUAUAUCUGCGAGGGGCCCAAGUGUCCAGGCAACUGCCGUCGGUGUACCGGUCCAGCGGCAGCGCCGGUCUGCACCGAGUGUAUGGCCGGCUGGGGCUUGGUGCCUGAUUGCAACGUUCGCCUCCUGGACGUGUGUGAUGCGGUCGAGGCGCCGGCAAAUGGGCGCAUCGUCUCGUAUUCGAACGAGCUCGGCGGCGAUGCUGUUGUGGCUUGCAACGCGGGGUACUACCUAGCCGGCUCGGCGCGACGGACGUGCACCGAGUUUGCCGAGCUCGGCGAAGUCUUCACUGGUGAUAGCGAAGACACGCACGAGCUGGGCGACGGCACCGUCCUCAAUGUCAACUCGCUCUGGCUUGGGGCCAACAUGUCCGCCGUCGAGGUUGACAUCGAUCCCAUCGCUCGGUACUCGAGCCUCAAGCUGCGGUUCCGCUGGCGGAGCCCGUCGCCGGUAGCACCGGUGAACGUUCGUAUCUACGCCCACGCAUCGAACAACCGGACGCCGCGGCUCUCAACGUCGGACCCGUUUGACAUCUCAUCACGACCGCGAACCUCGCUGUUUAUCCCAUGGACCAUGCCGACAGAGUCGGCCGAGGGCACCGCGUACACGCCUGAGCUUAUGCCGCUCCUCCACCACCUCUACACGCUCACUGAUCCGCCGCAGAUGGACCACAAAGUUGUGUUCAUCAUCGUCGGCCUCGGCGACCCGCACACCGACAACGUUAAUCAAGUGUACUCAUCGAUCACCGUUUUUCGCGAUGGCUACCCGCUGGCAUGGUCUGGCGUUCAGCCGACGUGCGUCGCCUUUAGCAGCGAGGGUGAUUGCAGCACUGGACAGCGGUUCGGUACCUCGUGUUACGCUGCCGAUCUAGACAAUCUCUACACGUAUGCAGAGGCUACCGAGUUUUGCCUGGGCCUACCGACACCGGGCUACCCCGUGGUGCCCAACAGCGCCGAAGAGUUUGCCCACAUCCAGAAUGAGGUUGUCCACCUGGGCAUAGCGACCAAGAACACAUGGUUGGGCAUUUUGCGACCGGCGUACUACGCCAAGUUUGUGACGGUGGACCGUGGCAUUACGCUGCAAGACCAGUUUACAUUGUGGCGGCCGGGCAGCACCCAGCCGAACGAGCCGAUUAGGCAGAAUGGCCUCGAGUUCAACACCGAGCCGUCGUACUUUCCGUCCGAGGCCUGGCAAUGGCAGGACCGCGAGACAAGCUCCCCGCGACAUGUGGUGUGCGAGCUGCCACUCUGCGUCUUUCCGUGCGUCACCUGCGUCAACAACCACACCGAGUGCGCGAGUUGCGCACCGGGGCGCGCGAUUCCACCCGAUUGCACGCUCACGCCGCCUGGCGCACCGGACGCACUCGGCCUCAUUCGUGCGACCAAGACGACGCUGCUUCUCUCGUGGCUUGCGCCGCCAUAUAUCCAUCCUGACGAGGGCCUGCUCUCAUACCGCAUCCUGCUCGACGGGGUGCCGGCGACAGAUCCAGAGACCGGUGACGCGGUUGUUGUUGCCGGCACCGAGCACACAUUGCGAGGCCUCACGCCCACGACCCGCUUUGCGGUGGCGGUCCAGGCGGUCGGACUUGCCGGCGCUGGUGGAGUUACGCCGGCACAGAUCAUGGCGACGCUGAUGCAGUGUGAGCCCGGGUAUGCCGGCGAUGCCGAGGGCGCAUGCACGCCGUGUACGCCGGGCUCGUACUCGCCGACCGGCGACGGGUGCAAUGUCUGCCCGAUCUUUACUACGUCUGUCUCGCAGGCGACGAACGUAUCGGACUGCCACUGCGUGCCGUCAUACUUCAACACGGCAGUCAAGAGUAGCGUGCCGUCAUGCGUGGCGUGCCCGCCGGGCGGUGUGUGUUCUGGAGGCAACGCACCGCCCGAGGCCGGACCGGGCUUCUUCCCAGGCUCGGAUCCAAGCGUUUUCAUUUCGUGUCCCAACAGCCAGGCAUGCACCGGAUCCGGGCGGUGCGCGGUCGGGUACGGUGGGCGGUUGUGUGCGUCAUGCGUCUCGGGUUACUACCAGCUCGGAUCCAAGUGUCAUAAGUGCUCACCGCUGGGCUCGCUCCUUGUUGUGGUGUUUGUGGCGGUCGCCUUUGGGGGCGUCAGCUUCCUGGUCUGGUUCAACACACAGUCUCGAUCGCUGUACAAGUACGCGGCGCUCAUCAUCGGGCUCACCUCGCUGCAAAUCUCUGCCAUGUACGGUGAGCUGCCACUGGCGUGGCCCGAGUACGCGCGGGCGGUUUUUGACGUGCUCUCGUUUGCCAAUCUCAACAUCGAGCUCACGUCGCCCGAGUGCGGGCUCGGCGCUUCACACGUUUACCGGUUCAAGUACGUGCUCACCAUGCUCGGCCCUGUCCUGCUCCUCAUUCCGUUCUGUGUCAUCUACGGCAUCAACUGGGCGUAUGGACGCUGGGUCGAUGCGCACGGCGAGGCUUAUCUCCGCAACCACCCGGGAGCUAUGGAUGUGCUGCCUGCUGCGGCGUCACGCCGGGCGCGGUGGACGCGGCGCAAGGCGCGUUUCCGGACCGAGAUAUUGGUCCGUGGGCGCGGGAUGCUAGCGGUGAUGGUGCGAGCGUACUUUCAGCUCGUCACCAUUCUCUUUCUUCCGCUCGCAUCUGUGGCGCUGUCGUACUUUGACUGCGCGCGCGACCGUGACGGGCGGCUAAGCCACGUGCCGUCGCCGAGCGACGAGUGCUUUUCGGGCGGCCACGCGGCAUGGAUACCGUUUGCAGUCUUCUUCACCACUGCAUACUGCGUUGUCUUGCCCUCAGCGAUCAUUUUCCUCCUCGUCAACCGGCGCAAGGUGCUCGGUCCGAUUGAGUUUGCGCUGCGGUACGGGUUCCUCGUCGCGCGCUUCCGUGAGCAAGCGUACUACUUUGAGGUUGCGGUGAUGGCGCGCAAGCUUGGAGUCGUUUUCGCGAUGACUUCGUCGUACGCAGUGUCAAAUCCGUACAACAAGGCGUUCUACGCGGUUGCCGUCCUCGCGGCGUCUGGAGCACACGUUGCGUUUGUCAAGCCGUACUUUGACGUCUUCCACAACGCCCUUGCUGUCUUUUGCAUCGCCUCGUCGACGCUUGUCCUCUACUUUGGCUCGUCACUCACGGUCUCGCCGCGAGUCCGCAACGUCGGCAUCGUGUUCUCGCUCGGAUCCAAUCUUCUGGCCAUUAUUGGCGGCUCGAUCUACGACACCUACCGCUGGCUGGCUAUGGCCAAGGAGGUGGACGACCAGUUUGCGGCAGUUGGCGAGUCGGCCGACGAGUCAUUCGACAUCGGCGAGUCGCAGUUUGGCACUGUCGGCGACUGCUCACUCCGCAACGAAGUGCAGAUGGACGAGUUCUCAUCUGCUCAUCCGCAGUUGGUCCACGUCUCGUCAGGCAACUCGCCUCCUGACUCGAUGGUCGACUCGGGGCCUGAACUUGUCUCGUUUGACUCGCGUACUGCGCAGACAUCGCUCAACGGCACAGUCGGUGACGAUGUUGUGUCUAGCUUUGCCGUGCCGCCGCCGCCGCCGCCUGCACUCGACACGCUCGAGUGAGGACGAUGUGGUAGGCAAUAGGGCCGCAAUGGCGAGCUGGAGAAAGAUUGAAGGAGAAGUGGAGGACA